AGUCGCAGUCAGUCGGUAGCUUAAGUUCCGAUGAGAUUGUUUAUUGUGCUCAGUGUUUGUGUGGCCCUUGCCUCGGCAGGCUAUGGUGGUGGCGGUGGUGGUGCCAGUUCCUCGGCCACCGCAUCCGCGUCCGCUAUUUCCAGUGCCGAUGCUGGCGGUAAAUAUGGCGGUGGCGGUGGUGGCGGAGGCGGAGGCUUCGGUGGAGGCGGCCAUGGCGGUGGUGGAGGCUUAGGCGGAGGUGGUGGCCUGGGACUGGGACUAGGCGGCGGCCUGGGUCUUGGUGGUGGCCUCGGUGGCGGUCUCGGUGGUGGCAAACAUGGCGGCGGCGGAGGCGGCUCUAGUCUUGGACUGGAUCUAGGAGGCGGCGGUGGAGGAGGCGGAUUUGGCGGUGCCGGUGGCGGUGCUUCAUCUUCUGCAGGCUCUAGUGCAGGCGCUGGUGGUCAUGGAGGAGGUGGCUCUGCCGGCGGUGGUGGCCAUGGAGGCGGCGGCUUUGGCGGCGGUGGCCUUGGAGGCGGUGGCCAUGGAGGCGGUGGCCAUGGGGGCGGCGGUUUCGGAGGCGGAGGUCUUGGAGGCGGUGGUUUCGGCGGUGGAUCAGCUGGCGGUGGCCAUGGAGGCGGCGGAUCUGCCGGUGGUGGCCAUGGAGGCGGUGGUUUUGGUGGCGGAUCUGCCGGUGGUGGCCAUGGAGGCGGUGGUUUUGCUGUAGGCUCUGCUGGAGCAGGAAGCGGUGGACAUGGCGUAGGCAUUGGUGGACCAUUCAUUGGCGGAGGCGCAGGACUUGGAGCCGGACUUGGAGGCGGCAUUGGAGUGUGGUGUGCUACGGAGGCGGUGGCAUGGCGGUGGUGGCGGCAGCUGGAGGCGGUAACUGGCAAUUAACACAGAGGCGGCGGUCAUGGUGGCGGCGGUCAUGGUGGCGGCGGUCAUGGUGGCGGAGGCUAUGGUGGCGGAGGCUAUGGUGGUUCCUCAGCAUCCGCUUCCGCAACUGCCUCCGCAGGCAGCUAUGGCCGUUAGUUUUAAUCUCCAACCUCUCAAUAGCUUCUAAAUUAACCCAAUAAUCCAACUCCAAAAACGAAAGAGUAUUCCCAUGUCUAUAAGAUUAAACCAAUAAACUUUUUGUAAUAAACCAAA